GCGUGGUCCUGCUGUUACCAUGGAUACACAGAAGGAGCUGGCCUGUUUCGACCGCUUUAGGUGAAUUUUCUUUUUAAAAACGCUAAUUUAUCUCUAAGAGGACGCUGACGACAUUCAGACUGGAGGAAGAUGGACCCCAAAGUGAAGUCUGUCUUUGAGGAACAAGUUGGAGCUGGCAAACAAAAGGAGAACAGCACCAACGUCUGGAAGCUGGAGGAGGUGGAGGAAGCUCUCACCAAUGUUCAGCUUCCAGAAGAGCUCCAUCCUGAAUCUUACAGGAUCAACUCUCCAAAGGAGGAGCAGCUGUUGGAAAUCGCAGAUAACUUCCAGCAUCAGUAUUUGCUCCUGUAUCCUGACCGCAAACCCCUGCUGCUUUUCCCCGUCAAUGAAUGUGGAGUCAAGAAGUUCGUGUCCACCACUCUUCGGCCCACACAGACAGGCCUCUGGGAGCUUCAGAGCUGGCAGGACUGUUCCUCGCUUGUGGCCGACUUCCUGACCGUGCAGCCUCUGGAGCCACCUUCAGAGGUGCCCACCCAGCUGUUCUCCCCCACAUCUGUGCUGCGCAGUCAGAAGGCCACCUGCUUUGAAUCCUCCACCCUGCUCUGCAGCCUGCUGCUGGGCCUCAACUAUGACGCCUACUGCGUCAGCGGCUACGCCUCCAGAGAGAUGUGUCUGCUGGACCAGAGCCUGCAACAGUGCCCCCUGCUGGACAUGGAGGUUGAGAGCGUUCAGAGUGAAAUCUCUGAGCAGAAACAUCAGGAGCAGAAGUACGGGCUGAGGCCUCAGAGGCAGCUCAGGAGUCACUUUCUAAAAGAGCAGGAGCAGAAGAAACAGGAGACUGUGGCUGCUUUGCUUCAGGAGAAGGAGCUACAGGAGGAAAACAGCCAGCUUUCUCCUGACUCCCUGCGAGGACUUCGGGUUUACUGCUGGGUUCUGGUUCUCUCAGGGAUACACAGCAUCAAGGAGAACUUCUUUAUCGACCCUCUCACAGGGAGCAGGUUUCCGACAAAAGACGACAACUUCCAUGGCAUCGAGAGCGUGUGGAACAGCUUUAACUACUAUGUUAACAGGCAGGAGUGCAUCAAUGGCUGCAGGGAUGUGCUCUUUGACCUGGAAGAUUCCAGCCAGUGGGAGACAGUUUUACACAAUGGGAUCAGCCAACAGCAGCUGACCCGGACUGUCCAGAGGAGGCAAGAGAACCGGAUCAUCGGAACAACCACCAGUGACAUGGAGGAAGUGAUUCCCAGAAAGUUUCUCUUUCUAAGAUCUUGGGUCAGUAGCAUCGUUGUCUCAGAGAAAGACCUGGAGACGAGGUUUCCUGGAGGAAGGAAGGUGACCCGCUACAGAAAAGCAAAGCUGGAGAGGUUUUCACCAACUGUGACCAAACAUGGCCUCGUCUCCAGAUUAACUACAUACAAAGACCUGGACUGCACAGAGGUCACUGGGGUCAAAGAGUGGUACAAAAACAGAAGUGACGGCCUGGAGGAGAGAUACUUCAACAAGCUUGAGAACUCCACUGCUGAGCACUUCAAACCUGGAAGAGCUUUCGCCCUUUUAUUCCACAGGUGGACACCGCUGACUUCUGGGACUGAGCGAGAGAUGAGGUUUCACCGUCCUGAACAAGAUGGUCUGGAGCGGAGGGUGGUGUCGCCACAAGCAAUGGAGGAAUACUUCAAGGACCGAGAUGACUUCCUGUAUUUCAGACACGUCACCUUCAGUCGGAGCAUUCAAUCUUUAGCACCGUUUCCUCUGAAGACCAGUCUGGAGAAUCUACAUGUGCUGAAAGUAGUGGAGCGUUUCCACAGGAACACAUCCAAACCAGUCACUGAAGACGUGGCCCAGCGGGUGUUCCUGGUGCCGCAGAUGCAGAUCAAGUUGACCUAUCACCUAAUGGAUCACCGCACUGUCCCUUCAAGGAGGAGCAUCACAAAACCAAAAGACGACCAGCCAUUCACAGAGGACAUGUUCUCUACCUUCCAGGUGGAGCAGUCGAAGAAGCCUCUUGGGCCCUUGUUGUGGUACAGCAUGGUGGAGGAUCUGAUAAACGAAGAAGAGAAAGUGGCUCUCCAAAUCAAAGUGUCUCUGAUGGAGAUGGAGAACAUCCUGGACAGCAGAGAGCAGGUGGAGAACAAUUUGAAGGUUUUCGCAUCAGAACUGGAGCAGGUUAUGGCCUGCCGGGAGAAAUGGGAGGAGGAGCGUGCGUCAAAAGAGGACCUCUUUAUGAUCCAUGAGCAGGAGAUGAAUGUCUUGGUUCCGUUUCUGAGCCAACUCGAGAGCUCAGACACUCUAAAUUCUGAGGAGGUCAGGUCCCUCUGCGUCGACUGUUUGGCUAGGUUUAAAGAAAGACUGGAGGAGCAUACCAGCUUCCUGCAGAAAAACCUGGAAACGGUGAUAGAGAACCAAGAGGCAGACAAAGACCACCAGCACGACCCCGCGAUGAGCAUGCAGGAGGCGGAGCUUACCUGUCACCUGUGCUGGGAUAAAAACUUCUACAUAUCUGCUGCUCAGAGACGCCUCGACAAGCACAAGGAAAAACUGGAGGACAAAUGCAAAGCUUUCCUGCUGAAGUUGCACCAGGAACCUCUGCUCGCUCCUCACUUUGAGAGCUGAACUCAACACCAGCUGUCUAUGCUCACAGUUACCAACCAGGUGUUUCCCGUCUGUGUCCUUCUACAAGAUAAAAUGGCCAUCACUGUUUACUGAUCCAUGACAACACCAAUGCUAAACUGUGUAAUUAUCAGUUCAGUCUAAUAAACAGUUUGAAGUUUGA